CAAACCCAGCCCCGGCCAAAACUGCAAAAAAAAAAAAGCUGAUGUCAGCUCAGCGCCUGUAGGUCAGUGGUUAGGGCACUGACCACAUACACUGGGGUUGGCAGAUUUGAAACCAGCCCGGGCCUGCUACACAACAAAGACAACUGCAACAAAAAAUAGCCAGGCAAGCCUGCUUGAUACUUUCAUAGUGACCUACCUACUUUCUGAUUGCAGGCAGGCAUGGUCUCUUUCCAAGCCAGACGCUUUUCUCCCCACAACUCAACAUUAUUAGUUUAGAUUUUUUGUUGUAGGUUGAAGGGUGAAACUGUGAUGCAUUUUUAGAAGUACCUCAGUGUUUCUCAAACUUGAGAAGUGCUAAGUCAGCUGAGCGAUGUGGCUCAUGCCUAUAAGAAGUGCUCUGGGAGGCUGAGGCGGGUGGAUUACCUCAGGUCAGGAGUUCGAGACCAGACUUGAGCAAGAGAGAGACCCCCAUCUCUCUUGUAGCUAGGCAAUGUGGCUGCACCUGUAUUCCCAGCUACUCAGGAAGGUGAGGCAAGAGGAUUUUUUUUUUUCUUUCUUUCUUUUUUUUUUUGCAGUUUUUGGCCAGGGCUGGGUUUGAACCCGCCACCUCCGGCAUACGGGGCCAGUGCCCUACUCCUUUGAGCCACAGGCACCACCUGUCAAGAGGAUCUCUUGAGCCCAGGAGAGCUUUGAGGUUGCUGUGUACUAACACCAUGGCACUCUACUGAGGGUGACAAAAUAAGACUCUGCCUCAAAAAAAAAGAAAUGCUAAGUUAAUUUUUCACGUAACUUUAAGAUUUUUUGUGUGUGUGUGUGGUUUUUGGCUGGGGCUGGGUUUGAACCCGCCACCUUGGCACAUGGGACCGGCGCCCUACUCCUUGAGCCACAGGUACCACCCUUCACGUAACUUUAGUGUUGACCUGCCACAUUACUAAAAUGUGUACAAACCUAAAUCUAUGCUUACAGCUUCUGUAGAACUGUAAGACCACAAAGUGAUGAUUGCUUUGCUGAAUCAUAACUUGAGUAGUGUUAGGAGUGUGGCAGUGGUGGAAGUCGAUGAGGGAGGCCUGUGCCACAUAUACUAAGAGUUGGUCCCAGCCUCUUCUACUCUCCCUUGAGCUUGACUGCUGCAGAGCAGUUGUCCUUCCAGAGCACUGUGAUGUCGUCUGGCCUUAGCUAGAACUGAACCACAUUUAUAAACUCUUAUUUUCUGCUUUAUUAGCUUGUGAGGCUUGGAGCCAAUGUGAUGAAUUCUGAAAAAUUCUUGGCUACAAGUUGCUAAUGCUGUUUUGUUUUUUAAGAUUAUGGCUACAAUAAAAAUGUUUAGACAUUGUCAUAACUCAGAGACUGCCAGUUUCAGAAACAUAGUCUUGGUGGUGAAGAGCAUGAGCCCCCAUCAGGGCUAGUGGGACUGUGAACCGGUCACCUGACUCUCUUCAAUGUCAAUAUCCUUAUUUCUGAGACGGAAGCUCACAGCACCUCCUUCCAGGUAAAAAUAGAUAUGAAAUAAGAUGCAGGUAAGUCUCUCAGCUCAGUGCCUGCCAUGAAGUCAGUGGGAGUUGAAGUCAUGAAUAAAAGAAGAUUGAAGGUUUGAACAACACAAUAGUCUUUGAGUGGGUUUUAGGUAGGACAUUUUCUGCUUGUGAGUGCUGGAGAAGUCAUGGAUAAAAGAAGAAAGAGUGAAUAUUAUUGAAUAGAAUAGUCUCUAAGUGGGUUUGGAUUACUUCAGAUCAGCAGUUCUCAACUUGAGAAGCUGAGGUCGUGACGCACAGGAACUGUAUUAAAGGGUCACAGCAUUAGGAGGGGUGAGAACCACUGCUUUAGAUGGAUGGAUCAGGAGGAAGGUAGCAGAAGAGGUCUGUGGGCAGAGGGUUUCACCACUAUGUUGUCACUCAUCCCUUGCAGCUAGUGCACACACAUGCUGUGCUUUGCUGAGUUGUAGCAUUGGGCAGGGAGAAGUCCGCUGAAGCAGGUAUAGCCUGAUUUGUUUUUUUUUGCCUGAUUUGUUCUAUAGGAACACUAUCUCCUAACAAUUUGCCAUGAAUAAGAGGAACAUCAGCCCAGCCAACUUUAUGGUUGUAAAUAAACUUAACCCAAUUUUUUAUUGUAAAGAAGUAAGAACUGAAAACUGACAGCCCACAGGACAGAUGACAGUCUCUUCUGAAUAGUAGAUCCUACCCAGCACCCAUGAAGUAGGUUUGGAAAGUCAUUGAGCUUUUGAGGGGAACGCAAAACCUCUUUCUAUGAGCCAAACAUGGGCAUAUCUUGGCAGUUCUAUUACUGAAUGUCUAUGCAUGGCCCUAAAGUUGGCCUAACUGUGACUCGUGGUGUUAAUGAUUACCCUGGUGGUUGUCUCAACUACUGGGUUCCACUGGGCUGCAGGCAGUUCACCUGCAGAGGCAUCUCCAGAAAACAGCAUGUUCCCUUUGCUCCUUGGGGCUGGGCUGGUGCUUCUGAAUCUAGUGACUUCUGCUAGGAGCCAAAAGACAGAACCCCUAAGUGGCUCUGGGGACCAGCCACUGUUCCGUGGAGCUGAUCGACAUGACUUUGCCAUCAUGAUCCCUCCAGGAGGCACAGAAUGUUUUUGGCAAUUUGCCCACCAGACUGGAUACUUCUAUUUCAGUUAUGAGGUUCAGCGGACACUGGGGAUGUCACAUGACCGGCAUGUUGCUGCCACUGCAUAUACCCCACAGGGUUUCCUCAUAGACACCUCCCGGGAUGUUCGGGGCCAGAUUAACUUCUCUACCCAAGAGACAGGUUUUUAUCAGCUUUGUCUAAACAAUCAGCAAAAUCACUUUGGUUCUGUGCAAGUGUACCUCAACUUUGGAGUCUUCUAUGAGGGGCUGGAGAUGGACCACAAACAGAAUGAAAGAAAAAAACUGAAUGAUACUUUGGAUGCAAUUGAGAGUACACGAAAGGUGCAGAACAAUAUCUUUCACAUGUGGCGCUACUACAACUUUGCCCGGAUGAGAAAAAUGGCUGACUUUUUUCUUCUCCAGUCAAAUUAUAACUAUGUGAACUGGUGGUCAACAGCCCAAAGCCUUGUAAUUAUUCUUUCUGGGAUCCUGCAGCUGUAUUUCUUGAAGCGUCUUUUCAGUGAUCCAACAACUACAGACACAAAGAAGCCAAGGUGCUAAGCAAGGUGCAUGACAGCUCCCUGGCUCUUGUCUUCUCUGCAGAAACUUAGUCAAAAUUAUGGUCAAAUUGGCUUUGUAAAGUCCUGGGGGAAAAAAAAUCUCCCUUGUUAAUAUUUUAGUUUAUUGAACUCCUGUAUGAAGAAAAUAGCAAUAAAUAACAAAAAAUGUUUGGGAGCUGGCUAUUUAAGGUACAUAUUAAAUUCUAAUAUCAAAAUACUGUUCAUCUGGCUUGGUGCCUGUAGCUCAGCGGCUAGGGUGUCAGCCAUGUGCACCAGAACUGGUGGGUUCGAAUCCAGCCCAGGCCUGCCAAACAGUGACAACUACAGCCCUCUCCACCCGCCCAAAAUAGCCAGGCGUUGUGGUGGGCACCUGUAGUCCCAGCUACUUAGGAGAAUCGCUUAAGCCCAAGCUUAAGCAUUUGAGGUUUCUGUGAGCUGUGACACCAUGGCACUCUACCUAGGGCGACACAGUGAAGACUGUCUCAAAAAAUAAAAAUAAAAAAGGAAAAAAAAUACUGUUCAUCAUGUAACAGGCCCUUAACAUUCAUAGAAUCUACUUAGGUAUUAAAAGAAAAUCUUAGAAGGGAGAAGAGUUAAAAAAGAUGGACCAAAAUGAAGUUUGCUUGUACAUAAAAGCAGGAGUUGGUAGAGUGCCUUUUUGUAGUUGAAAAUAUUUUCUUUUUAGAGAUGUCACCUUUAGAGUAAAAAAUUAGCAAUGUAUUUAUUAGAAACUUUUCUUGAACAGUUUUUGUCUAUAAAACAUUACUGAUUUAAAAAAUAUUUUUACAAUGCUAAAAUAAUUUUAGGAAACUUGGGAAAGGAAGCAGCAGCUAAAUUUUUAUUUCAGGGUCUCUGAUUAGGACUUUUAAUGUAGUCCAGUCAAAUUAUUUUUGAUAAAAUCAAAGUGAAGAAAAAACAUUUUAGCCUGGGGUCAUCCCAUCCAAGAAAAGGAAGAUUGAGAAAACAACUUGUAAAAAACAAGAUUACAUAAGCAAAUUAUACUCAUAAAAGCCAAUACUUAGUAACAGAAAUACAUACUAUAUCCAAUAUAAAAAUAACUCCUAUCAUUUUGUAACACGUAUCAUUUCCCAGCCACUAUGCUUGAUGCUUCACAAAUCAUGAUUUCCAAUUCUAAGAACUAUUUUUAGGUAGAUGGAUAAAGCUGUAUUUUUAAUUGUUUUUUAAAACAGAAAAAGAAAAUAAAGGUUAUUAAAGCUCGAUGACUUAUCCAAGCCCAUACACUGGUAAGGUGGCAGAACUGGGGUCUGAACCCAUUUUCCUUCCACAUCACAUAGCAUUUAAUGUACAGAAUACCUGGAUGAGCCAGGAAUGGUGUCUCAAGCCUGUAAUCAUCGCACUCUGGAAGGCCAAGGAGGAACGAUCCCUUGAGCUCAGGAGUUAGAGACCAGCCUGAGCAAGAGCCAGACCCAUCUCUACUAAAAAUAUAAAAAACAGUGAGGCUUUAUGAUGGGGGCCUAUAGUCCCAGCUACUCGGAAGGCUGAGGCAAGAGGAUCACUUGAGCCCAAGAGUUUGAAGUUGUUGUAAGCUGUGGCGCCACAGCACUCAACCCCAAGGUGACUGAGACUCUGCCUCAAAAAAAAAAGGCGGGGGGUUGGGGGGAUGAAUUGGCCAGGCAUGGUGGCUCACGCCUGUAAUUCCAGCACUUGGGAAGCUGAGAUAGGUGGAAUGCUUCAGCUCAGGAGUUCGACACCAGCCUGAGCGAGAGUGAAACCCCCAUCUCUAAAAAAAAAAAUAGCUGGGGACUGCGCCUGUGGCUCAA